UUGUACACACAGCCCCAUUUCCAGCUCAUUUGGUAGGCGACACUGCGGAGAACAACAUGUUCUCCUGCUGUGUCCCGACGUGCUGCCGACCUCCUCGUUGCAGAAGAGGCCAAAAUGAGAGUCUUUCUCGAGAAUAUAGACAUUGGUUCAACCCUCACCCUCGACGCCUCUGGCCCUUUGCCAGAAGGCACCCUCAGAGCUCCACACAGCAGAUCAAGCAGGAGCUGCUAGAUGGAUUCCAUUUCUCCAUCUUCUUCAGAAAAGGAAAGGGGCUCACCGCCACCAACCAUGGCCAGUGCUGGUCUGGGGUGAGACGGGGCACAGAAGGGUCUCCACAGACAGGGACUCCAGAAACACAGUAUGAAAAUGAGAUCUGCAGGAUGCCAACUUUCCAGCCCGGCACAGGGGAGAAGCUGUUGGACUCCCUGGUUCCAGCCUUGCUAACUAAACCCAUCUCCUCCUAUGCCACCUGCCUGGGCCCCUCCUGGGACUUUAUCACCGUGCCACACUUUUUGGAACUACUGGUUAGAAGAACCAUCACCUGCGUUUUCUUCACCUGGCCCCUUGAAAAUACUUCACUGUGCUAUCAGCCCCGCCAACGGUCAUCUUUCCGGAUAAAGCUGGCCUUCAGGAACUUCGCCAGGCCUGGACUGGGCGUGGAGGACCACCAGGAACUUGUCCUAGGCCAGUUGCUGCCUCCGGAGCCCAACGAGGCCAAGCCAGAUGAUCCUGCUCCACAUCCUGGGCCACAGGCAUUAACAAUGCCGGCCCUGGAGCCAGCACCACUACUGCUGGCGGACCUGGGGCCUGCUCUGGAGCCAGAGUCAUGUGCGGCCCUGGAUGCACCAGGAUAUCUACAUUCACCACCAGCACCAGCACCAGCCAGAGGGUCUGCUCCAGUGACAGUGCUAGAGCCACAGUCAGCCCCAGAGUCCCCCUGUUCCUCUCCUGUAAAGAACCAACCCACUGAGGAGCUGCCUGAUGUCACGACCUUCCCUCCCAGGCUGCUGGCAGAGCAGCUGACCCUAAUGGAUGCGGAGCUGUUCAAGAAGGUGGAGCUCUACGAAUGUUUGGGCUCCAUCUGGGGCCGACGAGCUAAGAAGGGGAAUGAGCACAUCGCACCCACAGUUCGUGCUACCAUCGCACACUUCAACAGGCUCGCCAACUGCGUCACCACCUCCUGCCUCGGGAACCAUGGCAUGAGGGCCCAGGACAGGGCCAGGGUGGUGGAACACUGGAUCAAAGUGGCCAGAGAGUGCCUACGCCUCAACAACUUCUCCGCGGUGCACGCCAUUGUCUCUGCUCUGUGCAGCAACCCAAUACAUCGGCUACACAAGACAUGGGCAGCAGUGGCCGGCAAAAGCACAAAAUAUCUAAAACAACUCUGCAAAACAGACACUGCAGUGAAGCGGGACCUGCUGAUCAAGGCGGGGAGCUUUAAGGUGGCCACCCAGGAGAGGAACCACCAGAGAGCCCAGAUGAGGCUACGGAGGCAGAAGAAGGGUGUAGUCCCCUUCCUGGGAGAUUUUCUGACUGUGUUACAGAGGUUGGAUUCCGCCAUCCCGGACGAUCUGGAUGGCAACAUCAACAAGAAGAGGAAGGAGGUCCGAGUUCUGCAGGAAAUGCAGCUGCUCCAAGUGGCUGCCAUGAAUUACAGGUUUCAGCCUCUUGAGAAAUUUGUCACCUAUUUCAAAAGAAUGGAGCAGCUCAGUGACAAGGAGAGGUGAGGGCCUACUACAAGCUGUCCUGCCAGCUGGAGCCCAAAUCCCAGUAGGCCAGCAACAUCCUGCAGUGGCUGGGACCCCACCGGGAUGUUGGCCAGAACACCGGCUCUGCACCAUCCUUCACCCAGACCGUGACACCAGGAAACCACAUCUAGGAGGCUGGCAGCUCAGCUGCAUCUGGCCCCUGCUCCUUAACACAAGCUGCUCCUGCUGGCCAGGAUCAGGCCAUGGGUCUUUUGCGAGUCAGGCGGGAGACCAUUUUAUGUUUACUUUCUUUAGUGUAUAAGUAAGGGUUUUUUUUCUAAGCUUUCAUUAGAAUAAAAUUUUAAAAUGCUAUUCAAAAUGUUCUACAGUUGUUGGAAUGAGAAAAGUAACUCCAGUGCAGUAACCGUAUACCAGUCUUUAGGAUUCAUAGUCUAGCAUGUCAAAUUGAGGCUAUGACUGAACAAGUCAUGGAACAGUGUUCAUGUUACACAUACCAACCGUUUUAAUGUUUUCCUUCUUUAUUCAAAUUGAUUAUUGUUAACUCUGUUUAAGGAAAACAAACAAAAAAAACAAAAACCCUUAAAAACCAUAGUAUGUCACCCAAUCUACCACACUUGUUCUACUGACCAGCUACUCUCAAACUUAAAUUCUAGUUAAAUUCAAGUUCCACUGGGUUACUUUACUUUCUUA